AUGGAAGUCUACGUUGGUAACAUGCUAGUCAAGAGCAGGACUGCUAAUGACCAUCUUCGGAAUCUCUCCCUCAUGUUUGGCACCUUGAAAAAGUACAACAUGCGCUUGAACCCAAGCAAAUGCGCCUUCGGCGUCUCUUCUGGCGAAUUAUUGGGCUUCAUGAUAAGCCAGCAGGGCAUUGAAGCUAACCCUGAGAAAAUCCAGGCGUUAUUAGAUAUGCAGGUGCCGAAGACAAAGAAGGAUGUUCAGAGCUUCACUGGCCGAGUUGCGGCCUUGGCUUGCUUCAUAUCCAAAGCCACCGACCGAUGCGCCCCCUUCUUCAAAGCCCUCAAAGGGAGCAAACGACAGGUUGUUUGGACUUCUGAAUGCGACCGUGCGUUCGCAGAUCUCAAAGCCUACAUGAGUAGACCCCCUUUGCUGUCCAAACCUCUUCCGAGAGAGAACCUCAUCAUCUACCUCUCGGUAGAGGCCAUCAACAAGAUCAUCAAGAAAACACUAAAGAAGAAGCUCGGAGCCACCAAAGGCAACUGGCCAGCCAUACUACCUAAAGCACUAUGGGCCAUCAAUACCUCUUACCGAAAGUCAACCGGCGACACCCCGUUCUCACUAGCCUUCGGCACCGAAGUUGUAGUUAUGGUAGAGGUACAUGCUCCUACAUGUCGAACGACAUCUUAUGAUCCCAGGCAAAACGGGCACCAACUCGCCCUCAACUUGGAUCUCAUCGAUGAGCACCGAUCACAGGCACAACUUCGAAACGCUGCCUAUAAACAGCGAACGACUUGGUAUUACUACUCACACGUCAAACACCGAUCGUUCAAGGUCGAGGACUGGGUUCUGCGAAAAGUAUCUCUAGCAACGAGAAACCCCACCGACGGUACCCUCAGACCCUUUUAG